GCUGCUGCUAAUGUUGGUGGCUACCUGGCUCUGACUGACUGACUGUUUGACUGGUUGUUCUUCCGUUGGUUGCCGUCGACGUACAUCGGAACAAUCACUGUCCUUGCUCGAGGCAGAAAUCGUCAAGUAUCGAACAGAAAAAUCAAUGAACUCAUCCGCCUGACGAGUGUGAACUGAGAUCUGUUUGUGUGUGACGACCCAGCUCAGACUGCCGUGCCGUUCUCAAGUAUCCUCGGGAUAAGUGGUGCUGCACGACGCAGAAACAUCUUGCAACAGAGGCAACAAGCAAAAGAGCAAUACGGGCCACCGGACGAGUACCGACUCGCAUACCUCUGCGCUCCACACCCGACAAGACUGCUGCGACGCAUCUGGCCCAAGCGACGAUUCGUAGCACCCCGACGUCCUGCGUUUCAACUAAGUGCUGUUGUCCGGGCUCGAAGAGGAGGAGCUCGCUGUGAUCUCGUAGCGAGCUUCAUCCGAAGAACCAAACCCCAAACAAACUACAAGAUGUCGUCGCCAAUAGCAGGAAAACGGAGAAUGGAUACAGAUGUGAUUAAACUCAUCGAAAGCAAACACGAAGUCACCCUGCUCGGUGGCCUCCACGAGUUCUGCGUGAAAUUCUUCGGACCACAAGGAACGCCAUAUGAAGGUGGCGUCUGGAAAGUGCGAGUGGAUCUACCAGACAAAUACCCAUUCAAAUCUCCGUCCAUCGGCUUCACCAACAAAAUCUAUCACCCGAAUAUCGACGAAGUAUCCGGGACUGUUUGCCUCGACGUCAUAAAUCAGGCCUGGACCGCGCUGUAUGACUUGACGAAUAUCUUCGAGUCAUUCCUCCCGCAACUGCUAACCUACCCAAACCCCGUAGACCCACUGAACGGCGAGGCAGCCGCCAUAUGCCUCCAUAAACCUGAUGAAUACAAGCGAAAGGUCCAGGAAUACGUGAGAAAGUACGCGACCGAGGACGCCUUGCGGAGUACGUUCGGCUCGGAGUCUGAACGUAAUGGAGGUGACUCCGACUCGGAGUCGAGUAUGAGUGAAUUCUCCGACGACGAUACAGGAGGAUCAUCGUCGGAUCAGAUAACGAAGGAUAUGGAACUUUAACGUUGCAAUGACAGCGGGGCAAUGGCAACGGCUCUUUUGCCUCGUCGCCAUAAAGAAUAAACACACAAUUUGAGAGGAUGAGGUUGAAUGGAGGAUAUCCAGUCUGUCCCGAAAGCAUCACAAAGAGAGAAACACGCUCCACUGGAAGACGGGACCUGGUAUCCGCUGUAUAAAUAGGGUAGCAGGACAGCUUGCGAUACUGAUAUGCUCUCUAGAACGUCUGAACAAUUGCGCCACCUCACAGAUGCGGGUGAAUGGAUUCGUCGCUAGGACGGGACGACGAUUUAGCUAAACUCUAUUGCCUCGAGAACCAUUAUGGGAUCAUUUCGAAUGAGAUUCUUUUUCGUCAACAAGGAAGGAACAGAUGCGCUGCGCAGCUCUAGGCUUGACGAUCUCGAUCGAUUCGAUCGUUCGAUCGGGACUCGAUCAGCUGAUCGAUGCUGUUGCGGAGCGCGUGUCGGAGAUUCUUUGUUGAGUUGGAUCAUUGAUGAUUGAGGAUUGAUUGAUCGAUCCAUGGCUUAUAUGGAUGAAUGAAUGUUUUGAGAAUCGCUCGGAGGGUCGGAACUUCCGCGGAGCUUCAUUGAGUGCCCCUUCCGACUUCUCCGCUCGAUGCAUUUCGCGCAAACUCCUUUGCGUUCAUGUAAACAUACGUGUAUGAUACGUGAUGACUUUUCGAUAGACUCGAUAACUCUCAAACCAUUGAUCUAUCGAGGUGAGAGUGCAUGAUCCCUAUUUCAUUUAAUUGAGAAACUGAUUUGUAUCCGGUGGCAUUCGCCGCACGACUCGAUUGGGAUGCCCCGGCUGUAGCUGAUCCACGGUACGGUAGUCACGGGUUAGAUUCCUUUCCACACGAGUCGAUUCGGCAGUUGUGUCGAUCGACUUCCCAUUUGAAUAUACAUUGUAUACAUCCCAUUCCUCGGAAAGGCCGCGACUCGUGAGCGGUCGGAGCCACGACCGUCGUACAGAUUCCGAGUCUGCAGCGAUCUAAUCGAGGAGCUCCCAGAUCCCGUGACGAACGGUGGGACACUAGUCCACUGAUUGAAUACCCAAUCGUGUCUCGCACCCGAUGUGGGUGCAUAAACGGAGACUUCAUUUCAGUGGCCGAUAGUAGAUUCGUCAAAUUUGAAUGAUACCGUCAUGUGGAUGGGAAUAGGUCGUAAAAAUGAGUGGAUACGGUGUGUAUGGGGUUUCAAUGCAUGUGUCGACGGUGAGCGCAGUCUGCACAGAUGAUAGAAUGUGAUUUAGCUAUACUGGAAUUUCCCGAGCGCGUGAAAGCAAACGAGCGAGUAAACCGAUUGGAGAAGGUUAUGGAAUUUCUCACCCUCUGGGAAGUCUGAAAGCUCUGAGAAAUACGUUCGAUAUCAACGCGUCAGGUCGGCCGUCGUAGAUCGAGCAGCCCAGCAACAUGGGCAGAUGGAUUUGAAACUUGAUCAGGAGCGGAGAAUUGCUGGACCAGAGGGAGAUCCGGAUAAUUUCUGAGAUCAGAAGUCACUUGGAGGUGACGAAAAAGACCUUGAUUGGAUGAUUGACGAGCGUUCGGGAUCGCUCCAUCGUGCGAUUUGAUGCCGGUGGAGGCUGCUUGACGAUAUAUUGUUGAUUUAUUGCCUUCGCCAUUGGAGUGAGGAAACAAGUGCAGCUGUUGUCGCUGCGAUUGUAUCUGCCGCUACAUCAUCGAGCAGACCGCAUCAUCAACCAAGUUUUCCGGUGGGCAAGCGGGGCAACUGCUGGUCGAAUCACUCGCUUCUACAGCCCAUUUCAUCCGUGUUAUGAACAUUAUUACAUGAGUAUACAG